AUGCCUGGCUGUUUUAAAAAGACUUUAUUUGCCUUGGCUUCUGCAAUAAGUUUUGCAUCUUUUAUCUUGAUUGUUGUUGCAAUGGGGACCCCGAAGUGGAUGACCGGGAAGAUCCUGUGCAAAACAGGAGCUGAAUUAGUCAAUGCCACAGAUCCAGAGCUGGUCAAGUUCAUUGGAGAAAUUUACUAUGGACUCUUUCGAGGCGGCAAAAUACGUCAGUGUGGGCUGGGCGGGCGACGCUCCAAAUUCUCAGUUUUCCCACAUAUGGUGAAGAAACUGAAUACAGGCCUGCAUGUGAUGAUAAUAAUGUUCCUUUGUGUGGCCAUUUCCUUUUGUCUGGUCAGUUUUGGAUUCUGCAUCCUUAACGCAAUAAAAGUUCCUUACCGUGCUAUUAAGGGUCCGACAGGAAUAUGCCUUUGGAAUUUCCUUGCAGGUGGAUUCGUAGCUCUUGCAGUCACUGGCUUUAUGGCAGCUGUAAAACUUCACCGUCUCACAGAAAGGAUUGCCAAUUUUCGGGAAAAUGUCUUUCAAUUUGUUAUCUUAGAAGAACAGUUUGAAGAUUGCUUUUGGAUUUGUGUGGCGAGCGCCACGGCACAUGCAGUGAAUUUGCUGCUAAUACCCAUUAGUUGUAUCAAUUUCCCUAAAAUUAAGACUAAAACAGAAGAGGCAAAUGUUACAGCUGAAGAUAUCAUGUACUAA